ACGCAAAGGAGGAACGAGCUUCGCGCCGCUUCUGCAGUAGCUUCUGUCUCCCCCUCUGCUUGUGCAACCUCCCGCCGAGAGGAGCUGGGCUUCCUACCGAAGGUGCUGUAUCCGAAAAUGCCCCUUUUGAAGGUACACCCUGCCAGCUGCCUCUCCCUUGCCGCAGAUCCGGGUCACCUAGGUUAUUUCACCCCAGAUCCAUCCCUUGAAGGAAAAUGACCGAAACGGAGGAAACGAAGGUUCGCCUGACAAGAGGGGGAGAUGUCAACACUGAGGAUCAAAAGAGAAGCGAAGAGCUGCUGAGAGAGAUAGAAGCUGAGAGGAAGAAGAUUGUUGCGGAGUGGAAGUUGCUGCACGAGAUUCUUGAUGAACAGCAGCAGCUCCUGCUGAGCUGGCUGCAAGACGUUGAGGGCGACAUUCUCCGCAGAAGGAACGAGGUCCUCAGAUUCUCCAGGACUAUCCUCAGGGAGCUGGAAAGGGAGGAAACGGCACAGCAGCUGUUACCGGGCUUAGACAGCACUGGGUGCAGAGAUGCCACAUUUUUCCUGAAAUCACAGCCAGGCUUGGUGGAGCUGGAGCAGAAACUGAGCGACGUCUCACACAAAAGAGCCAUUUUGCUGGAAACUCUCCUGGAGAUCAAAGAGAAUCUACAGCUGGAGUUGAAGAGGAAUGGAGGAAAGGGAGAAGUUGCACCUGAGUUCAAGGGCGCCCUCCAGCCAGUGGUUGUUAAGCAAGGAUCCAGCUUACUUCUAUUUCUAACAGGAGACGGGCAGGCGAACAAAAUGGAGGAUGAGAAACCGCCAACAGAUCAUUCCAAGCAACAGGAACUACACAGCAGGACAGCAGAAGGCAUUGCGGAGGAAGUUUCUCUCUCUCCUAAACCAGAAGCAGCUUCUGAGGGUCAGCAUAGAUCAAAAAGAGAGCAGAGGAACUGUCUGGGCGAGGAGGAUAAAUCUAUUCCCUGUGAGGGAAGCAACAAGCACCUUGAUGGCCACAAAGUCCAGCUGAGGACUCAAGAGAGCAAGAAGAAGAAGAUGUGUGCAGAGUGUGGGAAAAUCUUCAGUCAGAGUUCACGACUUAUUAGACAUCAGAGAAUCCACACAGGUGAGAGGCUGUACAAGUGCUUGGACUGCGGGAAGAGCUUCUGCCAGAGAUCUGGACUCAUAGUCCAUCAGAGAACCCACACAGGUGAGAGGCCGUACAAAUGCUCCCACUGCGAUAAGAGUUUCAGCUUGAACUCCAACCUCAUUGCACACAAGAGGACCCACACUGGGGAGAAGCCAUUCAAAUGCUCGCAUUGUGGGAAGGGCUUCAGCCAGUGGUCAGGACUCAUUGCUCACGAAGGGACGCACUGGGAAGAGAAGCCUUACAAGUGCUCUGAGUGUGGUAAAAGCUUCUGCCGGAGCUCGGAUCUCAUUGUCCAUGUGACAACUCACACGGGGGAGAAGCCUUACAAGUGUUUCCAUUGUGGGAAGAGUUUCAGUCGGAGGCCGGAUCUCCUUGUCCACGAGAGGACUCACACGGGAGAAAAACCAUACAAAUGCCUCAAUUGCGGUAAAAACUUUAGCCAGAGGUCAGGCCUAAUUGCACAUGAACGGACUCACAUGGAGGCGAAGCCUUAUAAAUGCAUGGUUUGCGACAAGAGCUUUAGUCAUAGCUCACACCUUGCAGUACACGAGACGACCCACAUCGAAGAGAAGCCAUUCAAGUGCCUGGACUGUGGGAAAAGCUUUGGCCAGAAACCAGACCUCAUUGCGCACCAACAGAACCACACAGGGGAGAAACCGUACGAGUGUGCAAAUUGCGGGAAGUGCUUCAGCCAGAGGCCGAGUCUGAACGCGCAUGAAAGGACCCACAUGGGGGAGAAGCUCUACCCAUGCUUGGAAUGUGGGAAGAGCUUCCGGAACAGUUCCAACCUGAAGUCCCACAAGAGGACCCACAUCGGGGACAAGCCCUACAAGUGCUCCUUGUGUGGAAAAAGCUUCAAGUGGAGUUCUAACCUCAUUGCCCACGAAAGGACCCACACCGGAGAGAAGCCGUACAGGUGCUCGGACUGUGGGAAAAGCUUCAAGUGGAGCUCUGAUCUUAGCAGACACCAGAGAAUCCACACGGGAGAGAGCUGAUGAACAGCCCAAUUAUGAGGAAUUUUUUGUUGAAAACUACCAAAAAGAUUCUUCAUCCUUGUUUGAGUUUUGUUUGGUUGGUUGGUUGAUGUUGUUAACUGGCUUUUAUAUGGGUGUUGCAGUAUGUCAUGUGGGAACCAGAUGUUAUAAAAUUGGUGCUGUGGCUCUGAAUUCAAGAAAGUGGCCUGCACCUGGGUUUGGCUGGCUAUUUCAGAUGGAUGUGCCCAUGUCAGCUUGCCUCGCCUCUGCAGCUCCCAGUCAUGACAAUUCCUGCUCUGCUUCCUCUGGACCAGGGAUGGGGAACCUGUGGCCCUCCAGACACUGCUAGAUUCCAUCAGCCCCAGCCAGCAUGGCCAGUGGUCAGGUAAGAUGGAAGAUGUGCAGCAACAUCUGCUGGGCCACAGGUUUCCCAUCUGAGCUGUAGACCAUUCCCUCUUUCUCGAUCUGGUGCUUUCAGGCC